AUGUGGUAUGUCUACGGCGAAGCGAAACAAAACAUUCUGGACACGGUUCCGUUCAGCUCUCCUGACAUCAAGGCCCGAUACUUCAUUCGAAUGUGCAUUGAUCUCCACCGGGAGUCGAAGCUGAUCAAAGACUUGUCCCGCUUCUCCGUCGUGCCAGAGCGUUUGUUGAAGGUGGCGCAGAGGAACAUCCCUGACUGGAUGCACCGACCGUUCCAGAUCUUCCUCUGUGACGAUGCCAAGAACAUGACGCGCCUUCUUCGUGCAGCUCUGUAUUUGGGCUUGGUCCUGGCUGCGCACACGGGCAUGUUCCUGGUUCCCGCGGAAGAGUCGGAGGAUGCGGACUCUCAGUGGAUUUCUCCUCGCGCAGCAAUCGUUGCCUUCACUCUGGGCGGGCUCUACUUCCUGUGCACGGCCACGUGGCUGCUGCUGACAAUUGCGAUCAAGUUUCCCAUCGCACUACACGAAGUGCAUGCCGAUGUGGCGAAGCAUCACUUUCACAUUCCCGGCUUUGUGCAAACCCUCUGGGCGCUGUGGAAGUUGCUGUCGGAAGGCCACGUAGCGUGGAGGUUUUUGCUGCUGACCUGCUGCGUUUUCGCCUUCCUCUUGCGGCAUUUCUGGCUUCUCUGCUUCAUCCUUAUGGACUUCUGGUGUCAGAGCUCCGUUCUCGCGACGGUCUUCCGAGCAAUUUGUGCCCCACUGCGAUCCCUGGCGAUGACCUUUCUGGGUCUGGUGAUCAUCACCUUUGUCUACGCCGGCAUCGGCUUCAGAUUCUUCCGGGAUGACUUUCACCAUUUCUGCGACGAGAACAUCGUCACUUGCACAGAGAACAUCUUGUACCAGGGUACACGUGCCGGAAUUGUAGGCCUCAGCCUGAUGCUGAGCUCCACAAAACCUGGAAGCCCCGAUUGGACGGAGCGGAUGAUGUACGACAUGAGCUACUUCAUCAUUUUCGGUGUCAUCGUGCUAAAUACCAUCGUGGGUCUGAUCGUGGACUCCUUUGGUGCCCUUCGCUUGGACAUGGAAGCGCGGGAGAACGACCAGCGGACGCAAACCUUCAUCUCCUGCAUCGACAGGCGAAAUGUGGAGCAGGUGGCUCAAAUGCGUGGUAUCGCAGAUGGUUUCGACUACCACGAGACACACCGGCAGAACAAGUGGGACUACAUGGCAUUUAUCUUCCACCUCUGCGAGACGGAACUGGAGGAGCUGACUGGCCCAGAGCACUACAUCCGCUCCUUGAUGGACCGCGGAGAUGCCAAGUGGAUACCGAUCGGCCGGUCCAAGUUUCUGGAGGGAUCCGACAUGGGAGUCCGGCCUCAGGACAGGUUCCUCCGCAUCUCAGAGCAGACGGAGUACUUGUCACGCUAUGCAGCUUGGCAGGGUUUGGAUGGUGUACAGGCCAUGGCAUGCUGUGGUGUAGCAGGAACCUGA